GCGUUUGCUGAGUGCUGUCCUACUUCGGGAGAUGUAGAUAAGAUAAGAAAGCGAUAAGCCGCCAUAUCACCCUUUUAAGUGACAAUGUGAUACUACACCCGUCUGUUAUCGCGUUCAUUCACUCCUGGCCUUCUUAUCAGCUCUUCGGAUAAGAUGAAUACAAAUCGGCUGACGUCGCCGCAUUAUCGAGGCGAAUUGUGCACACCGGACGCUUGGCCGAAAUGUGCCUGUGUGAGAGGUUAUGUGUGCGCCCUGGGGUUUACUCACGAUUUCCGAGAAAGUCUACUUGAAUCGCACAUGACUCUAUUCUUAGAACGAUGGCACCAUGACGCAAUUUAUAAUGGAGUAUCAGAGCAAGACCUCUUACCACCAUUAGUUUGCCAGCGUUGUGUCUAUAAGUUGGAUGUACUUCAUGACUUCAGAGAAGGAGCAAGAAAAUCUGAUACAAUUCUGAAACAGUACUUAAACUAUGCAGAGCAGGAUGGAAAAGACCACUCCCAUGAGGAAUUGCCACUGCCAAAGCCAAUUGAUUUAAAUUCAAAAUUUGGAUCAAAGCUUAAUAAAAGUUUAUUUGAAGAAAAAGCACCACCACCUAAACCUCUGGACUUCAAAAGAAAUGGAUUUGUUGCUUCAGUCAAGAAUGAGGGCGACGGAAUGAAUAAGAGUCCUCCCCCUGUAGCAGAAGCAAAAUGUGACAUAACUGAUAGAAUAAAAGACGAGAAUGUUGAGGAUGACUUUUAUGAUGAUGAAUGUAGUAAUAGUUCCAGGCUAGUUGUAGCAGAAGGGGAAGAAGCUGAUGAAAGUCAAGGUGAAUGUGAAAUUGAAAAUGGAUCUGUCCAAACUAGUGGUGUUGAGAAUGGGGAGGGUGGUAAAGACAGCAUACUCGGGAUUGAUAUGUCAAAGAAAAGAGAAGAACAUCGUGAUAAAAUGCUGGAUGAGGAAGCUGAAGAUAGGCACUCCCAGGACAUGGAACCUGCAAGCCCAGAAUCCUUGGGAAGGCCUUUACUUGAGCCUGAAGUUCAGUUGAAGGAGGACAAUGGACGUGUUUGGACUUCCCCAUCACGAAUUGAUGACCAAGAGAAUGCAUCUGGGAAUCUUCUGCGUUCUCUGAUCACUAAUCGUACAGAAAGAUAUCAACCUCCUUCCUCAUCAUCAUCUCCUACUCCUUCUCCUGUGCUGUCCUCAUUACAACAGUCACUCCAACAGUCUCUCAAAAACAGGAGUGAAAUACUGGCUAAAGCACUUUUGCGAGGGCCGUCACCAAAGAAUUUCCAUCAUGUAUCUUCAUCUUCUUCUCCUGCAUCCCAUCAUUUUGGAGGAGAUGGUCAGCAAGUUGAACCACCCAAAGACCAUAUGCCAUUACUCAUUCGAAACAAUGUAAGUGUUAUCCCAGUUUCUGCGGGGCGUAUGCAAGGUUGUGGCCGGCGCAAACAAAGUUACCCUUCCAGAGCUCCAGAUGCCUUCACUGUUUCCAGUCAAGCUAGUAGAAGCCCAGCAAAUCUUGUUCAAGAAGGAGUAGAGGAAGAUGAUGCUGUUGAUGGAGGAGAUGCAGAGGAAUAUGUGGAAGAACCUAUGGAAGAGGGGGAUGAUGGUGAAGAAGAUGGUUCAGAAGCUAAUGAUUCCAACAAUUGGUCUAAUUUCUCAGGAGUUGUCAAGUCAGGAAAGCUUGCUGCUCGCCGUGUUGACUUGUCGUGCACCAAUUGUGGUACAAUGACAACCACAAUAUGGCGUCGCAACCCUCUUGGUGAAAUGGUUUGCAAUGCUUGUGGUUUAUACUACAAACUCCAUGGUGUAAACCGCCCUGUCACCAUGCGCCGUGACACAAUCCACACAAGACGUCGACGUCCGAAAGGUGAAAAAUCCCCUCGACACCGCAGUAAAAACAAACCGUCCCCUGUGUCAGCUGGUGGAAAUGGAGUUAGUGUAAGUCCUCAGACAGGAAGUAGUGUUCCCCCAAGAUCCUCUGCCUUAGAAGAUCAUGAUGAAAUGUUAGCUGCUUUACGUCGUCAAAUCCAGCCUCAUUUAAUGCUUGCUGCACUUCAACACAACAACAAGAAUAACAACAGUGCUGCUGUUGCCAAUUUAGCACUGCAACGACAUCAGUUAAAUCUGCCCAACUUGUCUCAGCCAAAUGUGGUGCGGGCUCACGCCUCAGCCCCAUACCUUUCAGUGCCAAAUUAUGCAACAGUCCAAGUCAAAACAGAAGCUAUGAACUCAGGUGAGAAGGACUCCUCUAAGAAUUUGGCUGAUGUGCCGCUCAAUUUGGUUGCUUCAACUCAAAGUGAUUGAGUUGUAUUCCAGGGAUUGUUUCUUCUUGUGAACCAAGUCAUAAGUUUGUUGUUCUCUCUCUGGGUGUACUAUAUAUGUAUAUGUGAUCAGUAUUGUUUGUCAACUUGUGAACUUGUCUUAAAUGCAAGUUCAAGUUGCUAAAACUCAAUUCAGUGCCUUGUGGUUUGAUUGGGCUUUUCUUUUGUUUGUUUGUCCAAUUAUCAAGCCCGUUGAUGUUCCUUUCCUUAGAUUAUUUUGUCAAUCAAGUAUUUUGCCAUCUGCUUAAAAUCUCAUGAAAAGUACACCUGUCCUAACCACAUUUUCCCCUGUAAAUCGGGCUGUGUACUCUUUGGAUCUUUCUUUUCAAGUUUUAAGCUUCAAUCAGCUCUCACAAUCAAUGUCAUUUUUAUCCAUUUAAAAACUUUUUGACACUGUGAUUUUCCAUAAAGUUGUCUGUUUUCUGUACUGUAGUUACAUAAAAAACUGUUUUUGAGUGACACAGUCUACUCAUAAAUUAAAAUCAGAAACAGGGUUUUUUAAAUAAUAGAUAUUUUUAAAAAAUAUUUUCUAAAUACUCACUAGAGAUUUUGAUCAAGAGCCGAUUGCUAAGACCAAAACUGUACCUGACUCCUUUGAAGUAAGUUAUUAUGUCUUUGUGACAUGAUGAAGUUUCGACUCUAAAAAUGUUACUUUCAGUAUGACUUUAUUUGUUGGAUUGUAAAAUAUUUCUAUUGGCAUUAUUUGUGUUGCGUUAUAUUAUCCUAAAUUGUUGCAAUGUUAUGUAGUUACCGAGAAAUUUAUUUGCUAGUGUGCUUGCUAGCAUAUAUUCAGUCAUUGCUGUCGGCUCUGCAGGUCAUUCUAUCAUCUUAUUAUUCUAUAAUAACUAUUAUGGAUAUACAUUUUGGCAAUGUCAUGACACAGCAUCGGUAUAUGAGAUUAUUAGUUCGUAUAUAAGGUUUUAAUAUGUUUUAACUUAUGCCCAUGAAGAUAUUUGAUUUGUUGACAGUCUACCACUGAUAUUUUAAAAGCUUUCUUGAGACUAGUUUUCAACAAUGCUCUUCUGCUAUCAGAUUUGGAUUAUGAUCUGUGUCAAAAACUGUGACCAAGUUUCACUUGCAGGAUAUUUUGUUCACCCACAGUAUUCAGCUGGUAUGGAAAAUGCAUCUUGGCAUCUCUUUACCAGAAGAGACAUUCAAUUGUUGCUUUGAUUACCCCUAAAAUUAUUUUAAGUAUCCUUUAGAGCCAUUGCUUUUUUAUCUUGAAUAAUAAUGGAUACGAGUCCUAUAUCUGGAUAGC